GCAGAUUUUUAGUGCUGUUGACACAUUUUGGGGGAGGGACCAAACAGCGGUUGUGGCUGUGGAAACGCGUGAAGGCGGUCUCCUCGUCCAGGACUGUCGGCAGAAAUGAAGAGCCAACAGAAAAUCCCGGAUUCAGAUGCGAGUACUACUGUCAACGAGGAAGGCUCUGUUGCCACCGCAGAGGACCCAGCAGCUAUUGCUACCAUCCAGUCUGCCGCCACAUUCACAGACCAACCUAUCAAAUAUUUAUUCAAGACAGAAGGAGGAGGUGGACAGGUGACCUACAGAGUGAUCCAGGUGUCAGACGGCCAGUUGGAGGGUCAGACAGAUGGAGCUGCGGCAGUGAGUCUGGUCACUGGGUUCCCCGCAACCACUCAGGCCAUCACGCAGGCUGUGUUCUCUCAGUCCGAAGGGUUAGAGGGGGAUGGCAGCAGUGAGACACAGUACUCAUACUAUCCUGCCACCAUUGCUGAAGCCGCAACUGGGACCAUGGUGACCACAGUGCAGGCCUCUGACACGCUACUCAGCCAGACCACGCCCACAGGGCAGCUCUAUGUGAUGAUGUCACCCCAGGAGGUUUUGACAGGAUCCACCCAAAGGACAAUCGCCCCUCGCACUCAGCCAUACAUAGCAAAACAAGAGCCUCCUCGGGGUUCCAGAGAUGAGAAAAGACGUGCACAGCAUAAUGAAGUUGAGCGCCGGCGUCGCGACAAAAUUAAUAACUGGAUUGUGCAGCUGUCAAAAACAAUACCAGACUGCAACAUUGACUACACCAAGACAGGACAGAGUAAAGGUGGAAUUUUGUCCAAAGCCUGUGACUACAUCAAGGAACUCCGACAGAGCAACCUGAAAUUGGGGGAAGAUCUCAGCGCACUCGAUCGACUUAGGAUUGACAAUCAGCUCCUCAGACAAGAGGUUGAAGACUGCAAAUCCAAGAAUCAGAUCCUGCGCAAUGUUCUCCGACAACAUGGCAUUGCAUCCAGCACAGAGCCACAGUGAAAAAGCCUGUUUUUGCUCUUUCAACACAAACCACACUUGGGCCAAAAGAGUACUUGAAAUGCUUUGACUUGACAUUUGUCAAACGUGCAUGAAACAUUUGAAACUAAUUGAGUAUUAUCCAAAAUAUUCAGUCCAGUGUCUGAAUCACACCUUUUAAAUAAGGCGACAUCAGGAUCAUCUCCCGUACUUCUUCUUUCUAUUGUAUUUGUGCUUCUUAUGCAUAUCAAUGCGACACAAUUCUGACUUUUAGUAUCACUUUGCUUUGUAUUAUAUUAUUUUUAUUACAUUUUUUUAAAUUUAGCCUUACCUUGGAAUUAAUUACAUUGUAACAAUGUAACAUCUUGUUAAUAUAGGUGGGCAAAAAAAAAACAUAUUAUGUGUAUGCCAUAUUUUACUUUGACUCAUGUUUAUUAAAGUUGGUAUAUAAAUAAUAGUA